CUUCCCCGCCCCUCGGCCCAGCCCGCCAGUCGGAAGUGCGGCCGCCGGAACAGGCAGUUGGUGGGGGUGCAGCACUGAGCCGCCGACGGGGCGGGUGGGCUUUGCGGCGGAGCAGGCGGCGCCGUCUUGGGGCCUAGCGGCGAGGCGACCCGCACAGUACUGUAAGAUUGAUGUUAAAGGCAUGGUGUUCACCCCACUUCAUCAGCGUACAUGAGUUAUCUCUUCUUUUGGACCCUUAUUUUAUGCCAUAAUGCAACAAGCUUUAGAACUAGCUUUGGAUCGUGCAGAGUAUGUCAUUGAAAGUGCCCGACAGAGACCUCCUAAAAGGAAAUACCUAUCAAGUGGAAGAAAAUCUGUAUUUCAAAAACUUUAUGACUUGUAUAUUGAAGAAUGUGAAAAAGAACCUGAGGUUAAGAAAUUAAGAAGAAAUGUGAACUUGUUAGAGAAACUUGUUAUGCAAGAGACUUUGUCAUGUUUAGUGGUCAAUCUAUACCCAGGAAAUGAGGGAUAUUCUCUGAUGCUCAGGGGAAAAAACGGAUCAGAUUCCGAGACCAUUCGACUGCCCUAUGAAGAAGGAGAGUUGCUUGAAUAUUUGGAUGCAGAAGAAUUACCUCCUAUUUUGGUUGAUCUCCUAGAAAAAUCUCAGGUUAAUAUUUUUCAUUGCGGAUGUGUCAUAGCAGAAAUACGUGACUACAGGCAGUCCAGUAACAUGAAAUCUCCUGGUUACCAAAGUCGGCACAUUCUCUUACGUCCAACAAUGCAGACUUUAAUUUGUGAUGUACAUUCAAUAACAAGUGAUAACCACAAAUGGACCCAGGAAGACAAACUUUUGCUUGAGAGCCAGCUCAUCCUAGCUACAGCUGAACCACUCUGUCUUGAUCCUUCUAUAGCAGUCACCUGCACUGCAAACAGACUGCUCUAUAACAAGCAAAAGAUGAAUACUCGCCCAAUGAAACGGUGUUUCAAGAGGUAUUCCAGAUCCUCUCUGAAUCGGCAGCAAGAUCUAUCUCAUUGUCCACCUCCUCCUCAGCUGAGGUUACUUGAUUUCUUACAAAAAAGAAAGGAAAGAAAAGCAGGUCAGCAUUUUGACCUCAAAAUUUCUAAGGCAGGAAAUUGUGUAGAUAUGUGGAAACGGAGUCCCUGUAAUUUGGCCAUACCUUCUGAAGUAGAUGUGGAGAAAUACGCUAAAGUGGAAAAGUCUAUCAAAUCUGAUGACUCACAGCCAACAGUCUGGCCAGCCCAUGAUGUAAAAGAUGAUUAUGUAUUUGAAUGUGAAGCUGGUACUCAGUAUCAGAAAACAAAGCUGACCAUCUUGCAGUCGCUUGGAGAUCCACUUUACUAUGGUAAAAUACAGCCAUGUAAAGCAGAUGAAGAAAGUGACAGCCAGAUGUCUCCAUCACACUCAUCCACAGAUGAUCAUUCAAAUUGGUUCAUUAUUGGAUCAAAGACCGAUGCUGAGAGGGUAGUCAAUCAGUACCAAGAAUUAGUCCAGAAUGAAGCCAAAUGUCCGGUCAAGAUGUCACACAGCUCCAGUGGCUCAGCCAGUCUGAGUCAGGUUUCUCCAGGGAAAGAAACAGAACAAACUGAAACCGUGUCAGUUCAGUCUUCAGUAUUGGGGAAGGGUGUAAAACAUCGACCCCCACCAAUCAAACUUCCCUCAAGCUCAGGAAAUAGUUCCUCAGGUAACUAUUUUACACCACAACAGACAAGCAGCUUUCUCAAAUCUCCAACUCCUCCUCCUUCUUCUAAGCCAUCAGGUAUUCCUCGGAAAUCAUCUGUGGAUCUCAAUCAAGUUGGCAUGCUUUCUCCAGCUGCCCUAUCACCUGCCAGCUCAUCACAAAGAUCUGGAACUCCUAAGCCAUCUACUCCUACACCAACCCCUUCAUCGACCCCACACCCUCCUGAUGCUCAGAGCUCAACUCCUAGUACCCCUUCAGCCACCCCUACUCCCCAAGAUUCAGGCUUCACCCCUCAGCCCACUUUGUUAACUCAGUUUGCUCAGCAGCAAAGGUCUCUGAGCCAGGCAAUGCCUGUAACAACCAUUCCUCUUUCCACCAUGGUAACAUCUAUAACUCCAGGAACCACGGCCACCCAGGUCAUGGCAAACUCUGCUGGACUUAACUUCAUCAAUGUAGUGGGCUCUGUUUGUGGGGCCCAGGCUUUGAUGAGUGGUUCAAACCCCAUGCUGGGCUGUAACACUGGUGCCAUAACUCCUGCAGGAAUAAACCUGAGCGGCCUUCUACCCUCAGGAGGUCUGCUACCAAAUGCAUUGCCCAGUGCAAUGCAGGCAGCUUCUCAAGCAGGUGUUCCAUUUGGUUUAAAAAAUACUUCAAGUCUCAGGCCCUUAAAUCUACUCCAGCUUCCAGGUGGUUCACUUAUUUUUAACACUCUGCAGCAGCAGCAACAGCAGCUCUCCCAGUUUACACCACAACAACCUCAGCAGCCCACAACUUCUAGUCCUCAACAGCCAGGGGAGCAGGGUUCUGAACAAGGUUCAACCAGUCAAGAACAGGCCUUAUCUGCUCAGCAAGCUGCUGUUAUUAACCUUACUGGAGUAGGAAGUUUUAUGCAGUCACAGGCAGCUGCAGUUGCGAUUCUUGCAGCAUCAAAUGGCUAUGGCAGCAGCAGCAGCAGCACAAACAGCUCAGCUACAUCGUCAUCGGCAUACAGGCAGCCAGUCAAAAAGUAAAAUGAAGAGAGGCACGCCAACCACUCCAAAAUUCUGAGUCUUGCAUUACUUUUUGUUCCUUUUUAAAAAACACAAGAGCAUUGAAUCAAAAGGAUUGAGUUUCUACUUUUUGUUUUUUUUAAUGUGUCAGUAUUUUACAUUGCUAGAUGUACAAACUUUAUACAGAAGCACAACCUUAUCAUUUUUAAAUAAAAACAGGGAAAUGGUUUAACAAACUAGGGUUGGUUUGCCUAAGUCAUUGCUUUUUAAAAAUGGUUUCACUAUACAUAAUAUAUAUGGAAGUAAGUGACCUAAGAAAUAAUAGAAACAUCUUUCAGAAGAAUGUAGUUUGAUAUUUAUUUAGUAUAAAACGUUUGUGCACAGUGUUAACAAAUACAAUUUUUACAAAUCUGUUUUGAAAA